UUUCGAAAUUUAUUUUUAUUUGAACCUUUGGUUUGGACCAUAGAGGUUAAAAUAAAUAGUUUGGACUUUGGAAUGCUCAACUAAGUUUGAUUUUUCUAACAUAUUAGCAAGUAUUUAAGUUUUGUAAGUGCCAAAAUGAGCUUGCAGUGGGGAAAUUCUCUAAAGUUAGCCAAACAAAUCUCAGCAAAACAUUUUAGAAAAUACUCGGAUGUAAAAAUAACAACACAUUAUACCAUUUUCCCUAGGGAAAAUGAUGCCCGAUGGACAGAUAAAGACAUGAACAGAGAUGUGGAUGAGACAGAUAUAUUAAUUAUUGGAGGAGGUCCUGCCGGUAUGAGUGCUGCGAUUCGAGCAAAACAGCUUGCUGAAGCAGAUGGGAAGGAAUUAAAAGUGACUGUGGUGGAAAAAGCCUCGCAAGUAGGUGGUCAUAUAUUGUCGGGAGCUGUUUUACAGCCCACGGCAUUGAAUGAGCUCAUUCCCAACUGGAAAGAAAAAAACGCUCCUCUAAAUACACCUGUAACGGAGGACAAGUUUGCUUUUCUAACAAGCAGUGGUCGUGUUCCUGUACCUGUUCUGCCUGGCACCCCCAUGUAUAAUCAUGGAAAUUACAUUGUUAGGUUAGGACAUGUCGUACAGUGGUUAGGGGAACAGGCUGAAGAGAUGGGUGUAGAUAUAUACCCAGGCAUUGCUGCAUCCGAGAUACUGUAUCACCAAGAUGGCAGUGUAAAAGGCAUUGCCACUAGCGAUGUAGGUAUAGCCAAGGACGGUAGCCCGAAAGACACCUUCGAAAGAGGAAUGGAACUCCACGCUAAAUGUACAAUUUUUGCUGAGGGUUGCCACGGUCAUCUCACAAAACAAAUAAUCAACAAGUUUGACCUAAGAAAAAAUUCCGAGCAUCAAACUUACGGAAUAGGUCUAAAAGAACUAUGGGAAAUUAACCCCUCAAAACAUAAACCUGGUCGUGUGGAACAUACGAUUGGUUGGCCCUUGGACAAAAACACCUACGGAGGGUCGUUUUUAUACCACUUAAAUGAAGAAUCGCCCUUGGUGGCGGUGGGUUUCGUUGUAGGGUUAGACUAUACCAACCCUUACCUGAGCCCGUUCAAAGAAUUUCAAAGGUUCAAACUUCAUCCUUCUGUCAGGCAUUAUUUUGAGGAUGGAAAUAGGAUAUCUUAUGGAGCAAGAGCCUUAGUUGAAGGUGGAUUCCAAAGCAUACCAAAGCUUACGUUUCCAGGGGGGUGUUUAAUAGGGUGUGCUGCCGGAUUCAUUAAUCUACCUAAAGUCAAAGGUACCCACAAUGCGAUGAAGAGCGGAAUGCUGGCAGCAGAAAGUAUAUAUGAAACGAUAUUCGGAGAAAAGCAAAAGACUGAGGGCUUUCAACCGUUCAGCUAUGAGGAUAAAUUUAAAAAUAGUUGGAUUUAUAAGGAACUGAAAGCAGUACGGAAUAUUAGGCCGAGUUUUCACAAUCCCCUUGGUUUGUACGGAGGUAUAGCAUAUAGCGGGUUCUCCAUUGUGAUUGGGGGAAGGGAACCUUGGACGUUCAAGCACGGAGACCCAGACUACAAAAGACUGAAGCCAGCCAAGGAUAGCAAGCCAAUUGACUACCCUAAGCCAGAUGGAAAAAUAAGCUUUGAUCUUCUAACGUCGGUGGCCCUGACCGGUACAAAUCACGAAGCUGAUCAACCACCUCAUCUCACCUUGAAGGAUGACGCGGUACCUGUCAAACACAACCUAGCCGUCUACGAUGGUCCCGAGGGACGGUUUUGUCCCGCCGGGGUUUACGAAUUCGUACCGCUGGAGACUGGAGGACAAAGACUGCAAAUUAACGCCGCGAAUUGCAUACACUGCAAAACGUGCGAUAUUAAGGAUCCGAGCCAGAAUAUCAACUGGGUCGUACCGGAAGGUGGUGGGGGCCCGGCUUACAACGGCAUGUAAUCGUGCUGUUGUAAUAUUUUAAUUAAUUGUUAUAAUUAGGGCUAUAUAUUUAUAUCUUUUUAUAAGCAAAAAUCUAUUUUUUAUUUCUAUACAAAAUAAAAUAUUUAUUUACAUUAUUUAAAAACCUAAAA